UGGAGGUGUUUGUGGAAGCAGAUCAGCCCUGGCGAGACCAAGCAGCUGCUGGUGGGAGAAGACAAGCAGCCGGGGCUGGCUCUGCCCAGCCACCGUCCUUCCUUUCCUUCCUCCUCCCUCUCCCCACAUCCCUCCCUUUUCCUUAAAAACGUGGGCUCCGGGGUGCAGCCCCCUGCGCUGGCAGCAUCCUCGCCUGCAUCCUUGCCUGCCAGGAGCAGCCUUUUACCUCCCCCCACCCUCCUCACCUCCAUCCACCGUCUCGACCCCCUGGCUGUGCCUGCAGCUCCUUUCUGUCCCCUCUACCCCCACUACUCCCAACCCGGAGGUGUCUGGAUGCGGCUAAGGGGUGCGCAGGCUGGUUCGGAGCUGUGUUAGAACAGACCCCCCCCUCCCCCCAGUGUCGCUUUGCCGCGACCCUGCACCGGUAGCUCACUUGAUGGGCAGAUCUUAAGCUGUCUCUUCGGUGCCUCAGGGUCGCUGGCACAGGCUGGUGUUCCAGGAUGGAUUCCCUCUUCCCUGCCCACAUUUUGGAGGACCCUGACCUACGGAAGCUUCUGAACGACUCCUCCAUGCUCAACCUGAGCUUCCUCCCCAGUAACUGGUUCAACAACGGCACUGGGGACAGCUUCCUGCCGCUCAGCAUCAAGAUCACCAUCGUGGUCGUCUACUCCAUCGUGUGCAUCGUGGGGCUGGUGGGCAACUGCUCCGUCAUGUAUGUGAUCAUCAGAUUCACCAAGAUGAAGACGGCAACCAACAUUUACAUCUUCAACCUGGCUCUGGCUGACACUUUGUGUCUGAUGACCUUACCCUUCCAGGGUACAGACACAUUCCUGGGUUUCUGGCCCUUUGGCAAUGUCCUCUGCAAGAUUGCCAUCUCUAUAGACUACUACAACAUGUUCACCAGCACCUUCACCCUGACCAUGAUGAGCGUGGAUCGCUACAUCGCCAUCUGCCACCCCAUCAAGGCGCUGGACAUCCGCACGCCCCACAAGGCCAAGGUGGUCAAUGUCUGCAUCUGGGCACUGGCUUCUGUCUUUGGCAUCCCAGCAAUGGUGAUGGGAUCUGCAGAGAAUGAAAACAAUGAAAUCGAUUGCCUCAUCAAGCUCCCUUCACCAGUGGAUUACUGGGAUCCAGUGUUUGGCAUCUGUGUCUUUCUCUUCUCCUUCAUGAUCCCUGUGCUGAUCAUCACCAUUUGCUACAGCCUGAUGAUCAGACGCCUCAAGAACGUGCGCGUCCUCUCGGGCUCCAAGGAGAAGGACCGAAACCUGCGGCGCAUCACCCGCAUGGUGCUGGUGGUGGUGGCAGUCUUCAUCAUCUGCUGGACUCCCAUCCAGAUCUUUGUGCUGGUGCAGUGCCUGGGUGCCAAGGCAGAAAGCGAGCUGGAGCUGGCCAUCUCCUGCUUCUGCACCGCUCUGGGCUACGCCAACAGCAGCCUCAACCCCGUGCUCUACGCCUUCUUAGAUGAGAACUUCAAGGCGUGCUUCAAGAAGUUCUGCUUCCCCACAGCCUUCAGGACCGAGCUCCAGAUGUCCAACAGGAUGUGCAGCAUCGCCAAGGAUGUGGCUUAUGCCUGCAAGAACUCGGAGGGGACUAACAAUCCGGCCUGACUAGGCAUGGAAAUCCCCAUGGUGGCUGUCACCCAGCAGAGUCCGACCACCCCCACGUCAGAGCUGACCCAGAUAACAGCUCUCUAGCAGGACCUCAACACUCAGAGGCCAAAAGCUGAGGCAACCAUUUAUGUUUUGGGGGGGUUGGGAAAACAGGAGCAUAACAGAAGGAAAAAUGGGAUGAGAGCCCAGCUGGUGCAUUUGUAAUUGCAGCGCUGCCCUGUUGGGAAUGGGCCCUGGGCUUCCUGCAAAGCCCUCGUGGUUUGCAACAUCCCUGGGACUUUGGGAACUGAAGGUUUGAUAGAGGCAUUGCUCCUGCUACCUACGCUUCUGCUGCUGGGAGACAGCCCAACUGCAAACUGUUCCACUUCUUGCUUCCUCUGCCAGCUGCUGGCGAGGUUUGCCCUGCGCAGGUUUGGCUCCUGCGGCGCGGCUCUGAAAUUAGACUCUGCUGAAGCCAAAGCGGGCAGCAGCCACCAGACAAAACCCAAGAUCAUCUCCAGGAUGAGUCAUCGGGAAGGAGGCAAGGAGAGAGAGAGAGAGAGAGAGAGAGAGAGAGAGGAGGGAGCUGAUGGAAAAAGGAUUUCAAAUUACCCCGUGGCUGAGAGCCAGGGGAAGACAAUGUCAGCUCCUGCAGAUGGGAUCGUAGAAUCAGGCAGGGUUGGAAGGGACCACAAAGAUCAACCAGUUCCAAACCCACUGCCAUGGGCAGGGACACUCUACCCUAGAGCAGGCUGCACACAGCCUCAGCCAGUCUGGCCUUAAACACCUCCAGGGAUGGGGACUCAACCACCUCCCUGGGCAACCCAUUCCAGCCUCUCACCACUCUCCUGCUCAAUAACUUCCUCCUCACCUCCUGGCUGAACCUACCCAUCUCCAGCUUCACUCCAUUCCUCCCAAUCCUGUCGCUACCUGAGAGCCUAUAAAGUCCCUCCCCAGCUUUUUUGUAGCCCCCUUCAGAUCCUGGAAGGCCACAAGAAGGUCCCCUGGGAGCCUCUUCUUCUCCAGCCUGCACAGCCCCAACUAUUUCAGUCUGUGCUCACAGCAGACGGUAACUGCUCCACCUGGAGAGGGGAGCAGAGUGGUGAGGGUGGACAGUCAGAAACUGAUGGCUGUAGCUCAGAAGAGGAGGAGGAAGAAAUGGAUGAAAGGGACACAACUCCUUGUUUACAUGCUGCUAUUACUCCUUCUUGAACUCCACGUUUGCAUUGUACCUGUCUGUAUAUACCCAUCCCUAGUGCCCGAGGGACAGCUUGACUGCAGGAUUUCAUCUUGCCAAGCAUGCCUUGGGGGCCUUCCUCAAUGACAAGGAGGGAGGAAUGAUGUGGCCUGUCUAUUAAAACAGGCUGGGGAAAGCCAUUUUGGUGCAGUCAGAAUGGCAGCUCCUCCAGAAGCUGUGGACCUUCCUGGUAGGAAGGGUAACCCAAAGCAGUCCCCAACCUGCUCCACACCCAUGAGGUGCAGGAAGCAGACAAAAAGUGAAGGUUUGGGGAUUGCUGGGGUUGGGGUUUAUUUUUCUUUAACAAUGAAAUAAGCUCCAUGAUGCUGAAAGCACUUAGGAAAUGCUGCUGAGGUACCAACCACAGAUUGCUACUCUUCUUUCCUCCCCCACCCCUUCUUCCAGUAGCCUUGUGGGAAAUGAACUCUCUCAUCAUUUUGGCUGAUAAAGGAACAGCUUUGGCUGCUGGGGGAGGACAGAAGGUUUGUGUUCUCCCCAGCAGAACAACCCCCUGGGGAAAUCUGGGCAGGGGUGGCUGGUGGGGAUGAUGAGCAAGCAAAGGUACCACACUUCCAUUUGGAGCUGGGAGCUCAGCUCUGAGCCCCCCAGAAGUGGCAGCGUGGCCCAGACUGUACAGAUUUCAUGUGAAUAUGUUCUUGUGGCCUGGUCUCUGAGAUUCUGUACUCUUCAUGUAUCUAUUUGGCAAUAUUUUCCUGCUCUCCUGGUCUUUACUAUCUGCUGUACAGAAGAAUCCGAUGUUCUCUUUCUACGUAGGAUGUUUCCCUUUCGGUUGGGGCUGAAAAUAGUGAUGCAAUUCCCAUGUAAUAGGACCCAGAUCCCUUGUAAAGUGCUGGAGCUGGGAGGGUUCUUUAUCAUGCUGAUGAGCGUUUGGUUGGGAGUUUGGAGGGAUAAGCAGAGCAAGCUUUGCAAUUAGAGCUUCCCCUGAAUGCUGGAGUGGGAGGAGGAUGUCUGAGCACUUCAAGCACUUUGCAGUGGAUGUUUAUCCCCCAGGAAUCCUCCUAAACCUCUCCUCCCCCCAGGGGCAUGCCAAGGAGAAGCACUUGGGAAGCAUGCUGCUGGCAAGCUGCUUCUCUGCCCUGGGCAAAAUGAGCUUGGGGGGGGGUCGUUGGGUUUGUGAAUACAGUGAGAGCUUUGGUUGAGGAGCAACCUUGAGUCUUCCCAGCCCAUCAGCUGUGGUAUGGUCUGGCUGGGCACAGCUGGGCUUGAAGAUAGGCACCAAGUGCCAGGUUGUUUUGAGGUUGCUCAGGUGGUGGAGUUGCCAAGCCUGCAGCUGUUCCAGGGAUUAUGUGGACAUUGCACUUUGAGACGUGGCUUAGUGGCCACAAUGGAGUUGAGUUGAUGGUUGGAGUGGAUCUUAGAGAACCUUUUUUCCAACCAAACCAAUUCCCUGACUCUUCUUGCAGUGCCACGAGGGAGCAGGAGAGGGUUUGUUGAUGGCUGGUAAAGAAGCAGCCUCACUCCCUCUCUCCCUCCCUCCCUUUGGAGUCCUUGGUUGGGGUUUUUAAGUAGAUUUAUGUCCUCUAGAAGAAAACUCCAGCAGUGCUUGGCCCUUUUUUUAUCUACUGAGGGGUUUGUUACAACGACUCUGCUGCAGCAACCUUACAUAACCCUGCUUUAAUGUGUCUUUUACUAAGCUUUUUUGGGUGAUUCUGUGGCCCUUUUGCAGUCAAUGUGUUUUAAGCAAUUUUGGUCUGUUAGAAGAAGAGCAACAACAACAAAAAACAACCUUUGAAAGCAGAAUAUAUAUAUAUA